GCACCUACCGAAAAUCGCCAAAAUAAUCUGGCCACUUUGCCAGCACUCCAAGCAACUGCAGCUGAAACUGACAGCUGUCAAGAACCAUCCAAACAAACAGCCAGAGCGGGCGCGCGCCUCCCGGUAAACAAUGCGGUACCCGUACUUGCGAGCAUUGAACGAGCGAAUGCGUGUAAAGUGAUUGUAAAUCAUGCAAAAUGUCUAAAAAAGGCUCAUCAAUCAACCGCGCUGAACCGAUGAAGCAGAUGAGCUUAAAAAGCUAUGUAUCCAAGAAAGAGAAACCAUCAUCUACCAAGGAAGAAUCAAGCACUCCAACCGAAACCGAGCCUCAAAUUAGUUCCACCACAUUCUGCGAACAGAUUAAUCUAACAAACUCGCCAAGCAUUUUCAAACCAAAAAUUCCCCUCUCGCGGCAACCCAGCACAUUUGUAAAUCUGGUAAACAGUGAUUCGGACGAUUCAAACCGCUCGCCUGCCAAACCCGUCCGCGACGAGACGGUGAAGCGUCUUCCGCCGCGAAACAUUUUCAAGGAGCAAAUCGAGGAACAGAAGUCGACCGCGACCUUCCGACCGAGCUUGGACGAGUUCGAUUUGAUGGUGGAGAAUUGCACCGUGCCUUCGCUGAAGCCGAUCAAUUAUGACCCUAUCGAGCUGAAUCUGUCGACCGACGAGCGAUAUGUGGAAGCGACGAAGAAGCUGGAAGCGAAUCUGCACAAGCUCGCCACCAAACCGGUCAGCCCCGUCAAGGUACCAAGGUUUGAGUUCAAGCAGCAGAAAGCCAACCGUAUUUCGUUGGAAUUAAACAAGGACAGUGUGUUUGGGGGCUCAUUUGACGAGGUGGACGAGGACGAUGAUUUUGUGCAGAAGAAAACAACUCACACAACUUCCACUCCGCUUGGUGGUGGUCCGGCCGUAUUACCGGCGGCCAAAGCAAGUGAAACAUUGAUAAAGCCAAGCAGCAAUACUCCUGCCACCACCACGACCACCACUGCACUACAGCGUUUACUUAGCCCGGACAAGGGGACGACAAGCAUUCGGUUUGAUCCAGCACUAAGCGCGUACCUGGACGAGAUUUCGAACAGUGCCGGUUACAAUCAAAAAACAUCACAAGAACGCGAGAUACGGAAGAAUGUACAGUUUCUGGAGAAAGCGGAGCUAGGAUUGCUGAACCACUUCUUCGAUCUGCUCGGCCAGGUGCCGGCCGAGAGCUUCCGGCGCAUCGACAAACACUUUAACGUUGGUUGCUUCGAACGAUUAAAAUCGACCAUCGACACCAUACGGGGAAAGAUCAAAGUGUACGAUCGUGUGCUGUCCGGCAAGCAGCGAUUGUCGCAAACGAGUACGCUGAGCAGCGCGACGAAGAGCACGACAAGCUCCUCCGCUCAACCGCCAUCACAGAAGGCGGUCAACAAACCGUCCACAAGCACACCGAGCACCGGAGCGUGUCCACCGAUCCUGUACGAUCUACCGUUUGACGAUCACCACUCGCUCGACGAGGUGCAUGACGUUAUCGAAAGUACACUGCCGCUUGACGAACCGGCCCGACGGAGGCAGGACAGUUUUACGCCCGCGAAAUCCCGCUUCGAAGAGAUCGAGCAAGAGUUCGGGCUGAAAAGGGUGGAUGAAUUAAGCGGCCGUACGGCGCGGAAAGCGAGUGAGCCGGAAACACCACUGGGCGAUAUUGGACGACCGAAGCCCACCGGCAGCGGUGGUAUGUUUGUGUUUAAAAAGCCCAUCGCUAGUACGAUUAUGAACGGGUUGGAGCUUCCGGCGAGUGGUGAUCGGGACCGGAAAUCGGUCUCGUCACCAUUCGCAGCAAACGGAACCCCAGAGGAGGACGACCUGCUCGAUGAUGAGGACAUACUGCAGAGCAUCCGGGAGGAGGAACUGAUCAACCAGGGCCGAUCGUUCCAGAAGAAUCUUAGCACCGUCGAUCUGGUCACGCCCGACACAUCGUACCGGCGGCCCGACCCGCCGCGCAUAACGUUCCCAGUGGAGCCGGACCCACCGGUGGCGACCACCGCACGCAAUACGCAGUUCAUCGAGAACAUCAACACCCAGCUGGACGAUGAAGGAUGGCAGGUGUACGACCCGUCCAUGUACGACGAUUCGUUCGGUGAGCUGACCGUGCCGACCACGAACCAGCCAAAGCCCAGCAGCCGCACCGCACCAUCCUCCUCGGCGGCAAUGGAACCGUCCGGGACGAACGUUGGCCGGUUUCACGAAGGCAUCCGCAACGACGGCAUUACGGGCGAGUUUGACGGCAUGUCGUAUGCGCAUUCGGCCCGACUGCAGGUCGCAUUUAAGGAAACGUUUGGCUUGCGCACGUUCCGACCGAUCCAGCUGCAGGUGAUCAAUGCCACACUGCUGGGCAAUGACUGUUUCGUGCUAAUGCCGACCGGUGGUGGCAAAUCGCUCUGCUACCAGCUGCCAGCCGUUCUUACCGUCGGGCUGACGAUCGUGGUCAGCCCGCUGAAGUCGCUCAUUCUCGACCAGGUGCAGAAGCUGAACUCGCUCGACAUCCCGGCCGGCCACCUGUCCGGCGAGGCGAACAUGGCCGACGUGCAGCGCAUCUACGACGAUCUGUACAGCAGCUGCCCCGAGCUGAAGCUGCUGUACGUGACGCCGGAGAAGAUCAGCUCGUCGGCCAAGUUCCAGAACCUGCUCAGCGCGCUCUACCGCCGCUCGCUGCUCGGGCGCAUCGUGAUCGACGAGGCGCACUGUGUGUCUGCCUGGGGCCACGACUUCCGGCCCGACUACAAGAAGCUUUCCGCGCUACGGGAACAGUUCCCCACCGUGCCGAUCAUUGCGCUCACUGCCACGGCAAACCCGCGCGUGCGGAUGGACAUACUGGCGCAGCUGAAGCUGGCUCGCGAUACGCGCUGGUUUUUGUGCAGUUUUAAUCGACCCAACCUGAAGUACCUGGUGCUGCCGAAGAAGGGCGUCUCGACCAAGGCGGAAAUGAUUGAGCUGAUACGGAAGCGGUUCCCGCGCGACACCGGCAUCGUGUACUGUCUGUCGAAGAAGGAGUGUGACCAGCUGGCGGACGAGUUCCGGCGGGCGGGCAUCAAGGCGAAAAGCUACCACGCCGGGCUGAGCGACGGUGUGCGGGAGGCGACGCAGAAGGAGUGGAUCGGCGACCGGAUCAAGGUGGUGUGCGCGACGAUCGCGUUCGGCAUGGGCAUCGACAAGCCGGACGUGCGGUACGUGCUGCACUACUGCAUGCCGAAGUCGAUCGAAGGCUACUAUCAGGAGUCGGGCCGGGCGGGCCGCGAUGGGGAGAUCGCCACGUGCGUGCUGUACUACAACUACUCGGACAUGCUGCGGUACCGGAAAAUGAUGGACAACGAUACGUCCAUUUCGCUCGAAGCGAAACAGAUUCACAUGAACAAUCUCUUCCGGAUGGUGAACUACUGCGAGAACGUGACCGACUGCCGGCGGACGCAGCAGCUGGAGUACUUUGCGGAAUACUUUACCAGCGAGCAGUGCCUCGCGAACCGCGAAACCGCGUGCGACAACUGCCUGCAGCAGGGCAACUACAAGACGCUGAACGUGACGGACGACUGCAUCAUGAUAGCGAAGGCGGUGCGCGAUCUGUGCGGUGGCCGGAACCGCUUCACCCUGCUCCACAUGGUGGAGGUGCUGAAGGGGAGCGAAAACAAGAAGGUGCUCGAGAACGGCCACAACCGCACGGCGUACCACGGCAAGCUGAAGGCGUGGGAGCGCUGCGAUAUCCAGCGAUUGCUGCGCAAGCUCGUCAUCGACGAGUACCUGAAGGAGGACCUGAUCUUUAGCAACGACAUCCCGCAGGCGUACCUGCGCAUCGGCACCAAAAUCGAAUCGCUCGUCAGCCGGCGCGUGCGGGUCGAGUUCUCGAUCAAGGAGAAGCACGCCGGCCGGGGCAAGCUGACGGGCAGGGCGGCCGGUGACGUGGCGGCGGCGGCGGCAGCACAGCAGGAAUCGACCCAGAUCGGCGCCCAGCUGAAGGAUCUGCAGACGCGGUGCUACAACGAUCUGCUCGAAAUUUGCCGCGCUAUUGCGAUGCAGAAGAACGCGACGCUCGCCUCGAUCAUGAACAUACAGGCGCUGAAGGCCAUGUCGGAGAAGCUGCCGGAAUCGCCGGCCGAAAUGCUGACGCUGCCGCACGUGACCAAGGCCAACUUUGAGAAGUACGGCAAGCAGCUGCUAGAAAUUACGCAAAACUAUGCCGCCGAGAAGCUGAUGCUUAUGAUGGACACCCAGGACCAGGAGGAGCAGGGGGCGGCGGUCACGCUGGUGGACGGUGAGUCGGGCGACAGCGAUGGCGGUAGCAGUGUGGCGGGCGACAUGGAUGGAACCGAUUGGGGUUCGCUGGCAAGGGCGGCCUCGCAGGGUGGUGGCGGUGGUUCCGGCCGGGGUGGCUACAAACGGCGCGGCAGCUGGGGCGCGGGUGGGGGAACGAGGGCGAAAAAGUUCCGCAAAACGACGACACGAAGGAAGGCGGCUGCCGGCACUAGUAAAGGCCGGGCGGGAGCGGCCAGCACGGGUGCCAAACGGGGUGGGGCGGCGAGUCGGCGCGGUGGAUCGUCCCGGGCCCCUCGGGGUGGCGGCGGAACGGGUGGAUCAGGUGGUAGUUUCGGGCUGCUUCCGAUGCCUGGUGGAUAUUAAGCGUUUGGGUUACACAAUGAGAUUUUUGUUUAAUAAAAAAAAUCCUAUCAACGAAACGGUCUGUGAUACAUGUGUGUUGGGAUCGAGGACACAG